UGAAGUUGUGCUACGUAUUUGCUAUGCACUGGCAUCGGCUUGACACGAACGUCAGGCACCCGCGGCCGGAGCAGAUCAACUUGAGAUAGACAAUUGAUGUACUGACGCCUCAUAAUAGGAUUGUUCAUCCUACACUUUCACUCUUUCCAUCUUGAAUCCGUUACGGUUCCCUGACAUCCUUCACUCGGCAUCCCUCAUAUCCCCAUUAUUCACUGGCGUUGCUGCGAUUCAUCCCGCCGUUUCCGUCCUUUGUCCUGUCUUGACCGACUGUCAAAUAAAUGGCACCGACAGUGCCAUCGUCCGAGUUUCCCUUUCUUCUUUCAGUGCUCAGCGAAUCUUUACAGUAAUCAAGCAGUAGAGUACAGUUGGUUACGACAUCUCCCCACCUUCAAACCAUGGCGGCCGAUGAUACCUUGCGAAGACGUGCUCCUGAUACCACAUAUCCCUCGGACACCGCCCCAGCUUUAGGCGAUGGAGGGCCUCCCACGAGCGAACAUCCUGCGGGCGAAAUCAAAUAUGGGACCUGGAACCAAAUACUGCGUGCGCUGCUUCUCCUGGACUGGUUCAACUGCGGUGCGGUGUGCAUCAAUGUCACCCAGUUUCUCGGGGCGCCUUUGUACUGGUGGAACAAGGAUUACUACUACGCAUACAUGGCGUUGACGAAGCAAUCGUUCGGAAUUCUAGGAAUUGCAGGAACAAGAUGGUUUGCGCCUACAAAAGUGCGGGUCAGUUGGGACAAGGAUCUGCGAGGACAAUUCCGCAAGACUACGGCCGGCACGCUGGAGACGACAUUCCCCGAACGACUCGUCUACAUUGCGAACCAUCAGGUCUAUACCGAAUGGCUGUAUCUGUGGUGGAUCGCCUACACGAGCAGGAUGCAUGGGCACAUCUUUAUCAUUCUGAAAGAGUCCUUGAAGUAUGUUCCGAUUCUAGGUCCUGGCAUGAUGUUCUACGGCUUCAUUUUCAUGGCCCGCAAAUGGGCUGCGGACAAACCCCGGCUUCAACAUCGACUGGAAAAGUUAAAAACGCGACACAGUGGUCCAAUGUCCGGCUCGGCGGGGUUGGACCCUAUGUGGUUGUUGAUCUUUCCCGAAGGUACGAAUCUGUCGCGGAAUACGAAGAAAGUCAGCUCGAGAUGGGCGGAAAAGCAAGGCAUUCCUGACACCAGGCAUGUGCUUCUGCCCCGCAGUACUGGUUUGUUUUUCUGUCUGCAACAAUUGCAAGGCACGGUCGACUGGGUGUACGAUUGUACGAUUGCUUAUGAAGGAACCCCAAAAGGUGGCUUUGCGCCCGAAUAUUUCACCAUCCGAUCAACCUACCUACAAGGCCGACCGCCAAAGUGCGUCAACAUGCAUUGGCGGCGGUUUGCCAUGGCGUCGAUUCCCCUGAACGAUGCGAAAGAAUUCGAGAAGUGGCUGUUGGAACGCUGGCGCGAGAAGGACGAUCUCUUGGAGAGAUGGUACGAAACGGGAUACUUUCCAGGCGACGAGGAGGCCGCCAAUGCGUCCAGGGGCAUUUCCAAGGGCGGCUACAUUGAGACGGAAAUGACCCUCAACAACUGGAUGGAAAUUGGGCAGAUAUUCGUUGUAUUAGCGACCCUUGCAUUGGUGGUCAACGUGGUUUUGAAAUUCGUCGGCAUCUUUAUCGCUUUGAAAUGAUGGCGAGCCAUUGGCACCUGUUCAGCAUAACUCGGGGGCGUGCGGGCGCCGAAUGGUGUCUGAAACAAGGCUGAAUAUGUAGGUAAAUUACGGGACGUUCUGGCUGCGGGCGAGGAUGGGAACCACACCGGAUACCUUGACCAUGCCGUUGACACAGGAGUAUCGCAUAGUCUUAACCGUAUCGAUUUCAAAGAUGCAAAUGCACGAAUCGAGACUUUGAUUGCCCUGACAGAUGUCCCUGCAGCGAUCACCUACUAGUAGGUAUUAUUAACAGAAACCUUUGGAAUCAAUUUGACCGUUGGCGCUCAAAUAGAUUAUUGGCCUUGGUCUGUGGCUCUGGGACCGAUCAGACUCGGCAUCUUCCGAACCAACUUCUAGCGAACCCUUCAAGUUGGGGCUCGGUUGCUUCCGAGUCCAAUACAACAGCACCGGUAAUGAUAAUGACCACUAGUACAAGUUGUUAUUGCACCUGGGGUCAUUAGAUCGUCGUCGCGUAUCAUGACAGCCUCUACGAGAUUGCUGCAGUGCGGUCGAUGCGCUUGAUCUCUACUGUACAUGUGGUGGUGAGUAAUCCGCAGGGAGACUUGAUAUCGGUGGUGUACCAUGUAGGUACCUAGGUAUGUCUAUAUAGGAAGAGAGGAUCUAGACUUUUCUAGAAUAGAGGAUUUAUAAGUAUACUUAUAAAUCAUAGGUAGAUGGGUUGAUGCGAUGGUGAUGGACGGUGACAAUUGCACAAAGGAGCCGAAAUGGCCGGGAGGGAUUCAGUGGCGGUGUCCAAAACAGUCCAGCCUCAGGAAAGGAUGAGCUUCAGAGCAUGAUCGAAGUCCAAGGAUCUGGUGAGAAGAGAGUAGCACUUAGCUCCAAGGGUUACAGCCUCCGACUGUAAUGUCGUUGUUGGAUAUGCCAAAGUGGUCAUCAGGCCAUCUGUACCUAGGUACUGCUAGGUCGAAGCCACUGAAUCCGUCUACCAA